CCGGAAGCCGUGAUGCCUCUCGUUGCUAACUUGGCGUUUUGUUCAACAUGUCUCCCUCGCAGACUCUCCUCCGUUAUUAGAAGCUUCUGGAUAUUUCGUGAAACUGCUUCAUUGUGUUAGCACUAAGCUAACGGGCCGUUAGACAGCCAGGACCCAGAAAAACAGCAGCAGCAGCAGCAUCAUCAAUGGUGUGUCUACAUCCCGGAGCCGUCACAUUUUCCUGUGUCCGCUCAAUGAACCAUCUCCUCAGCUCUCAUCACGGCUGCACAUGUAUGGCGUUUGCGAGGCUUGGAGGGGAGUUUUGCCAAGCCCAGCACCUGCUGCUUAUUGUGGACAAGUGAAAAGGAGACAUCAGCGAGGCACAAUCACUGCCAUUCACGCACACAGGUCCCAACUGCCAUCCCAUUCGACCCUUAUGAAGAAGAGCCACCCUGCAGUCUGUGAGCUGUCUCGGAGAGAGGGGGACGUGUUGGUUUCAGCCCCGGAGUUUCCUCUCUGCUCUUCUUCUUUCCGGCUUUUCCUCUCCUCCUCCUCCUCCUCUUCUUCUGCUCUGAUUUGUACAAGUCUUCUCUGGAUGGGCUGAUCGAAUUGAAAGGAAGGAAGGAGAGACCUUUUUCAGUCUUGAGUCAAGACUUUGUCUCUUCAGUCUGCUCGAGUUUAACUCUCGCCAUUAGCCAAGCCAACUUUAUUUUUUCCUUUGUUGCCAAGGCAUUUUUUCUUCAUAUUUAUUGACCAAAUAUUUUGUAUUUUUGUCAGAUUUUUCCCCCCAAAAUUAUUGACAAGUUAGUAAAAUUAACAACAAACAUUUUUUUUCUUUAAGUCUGGGGGAUUUUUUUUUUUUUUAAUAGUCAGAAGGGUUUUCCUCAAAGACUCUGUUACUCCACUCGUUGAAGCACAGUGAUUUUCAGACCUUUAUUUCUUAUUAAAAAGCUUCUCUGGGUAUAAAAAUGAACCGGCCGGCUCCAGUGGAGAUCUCCUAUGACUGUCUGAGGUUCCUCAUCACGCACAAUCCCACCAAUGCACAACUGGGAAGGUUUAUAGAGGAUCUGAAAGCAUUCGGAGUAAACACCCUAGUGAGAGUGUGCACUGCUACGUAUGAUAAGACGCCGGUGGAACAAGAAGGCAUACACGUUCUGGAUUGGCCGUUUGAUGAUGGCUCCGCCCCACCAGACCAGGUGGUCGACGAUUGGCUGAGCCUUCUGCAGACGAAGUUUCGAGACGAGCCCGGCUCCUGCGUGGCUGUGCACUGUGUCGCAGGACUGGGACGAGCUCCCGUGUUGGUGGCCCUGGCUCUGAUUGAAUGUGGGAUGGAGUAUGAAGAUGCGGUGCACUUAAUAAGACAGAAGCGCCGCGGAGCUUUGAACGCCAAGCAGCUGCACUACCUGGAGAACUACAAGCCCAAACUGUGUCUGCGCUCCAAAGAUGCCAACGGGCAAAGCUGCUGCGUACAGUAGGAACCUUUGCAAAAAGAAAGUGGAGGUUUUCAGUUUUUAUUUCUGUUCCUUGGUUUGUAACCUCACCCGAACAUGUAGCAAAAACCCACAAACACUUAAACACAGAUUUGAAAGCUUGUCUGUAAUGUAAAAAAUAAAAAAUAAAUAAUAGGAUGUGAUGAAUAAUGCAGAUGGCAGUAUGUUUGACUGUUGUCUGCAGUCUGCAGCUUGAUAUUUGCUCUAAGCUGAAUGCUGAAUAAAUAGAGGCUUGCUGGUUAAUUGCACAUCAAUCCACACAGUGACUGAGUGAUUUAUUUGAGUCUGUCCUCACUGAUCAAAUCAAUGUCCUGCAGCCAGAAUGAUAAAAGAAUUCAGCCAGAAAACACACAAUAUUUAAGACACAAUAUUUAAGAUGAGACAUGAAGGAACGUGUUCUCAGUGUGACGCAGCUGUGGGAUGAUCCACUUUCCUCGUGUGUGUCCCAGAUCAGUCGUGAGCUUCUUUAGAACAAACUCAUGUUGGCUAUAAAUAUUUGGCGCUGACCUCCAUGGAAGUGGACUAGCAUGUCGAAGAGCAGUUGGUGAAUGUAUUAAUAAAGGAACACAAAGGCUUUGGUAGAUUAUCCUGGUAACUGAUAAGCAUCCAAUCAUCCUCACUUCUGUACUUCAUCAUUGAGAGCCAGUGAACAGUGUGGGGUAUUAAUCCUCCCGCUGACUCUAAAGCGUGGAUAAUCUGCAUGAAGACGGUCCACUGCUGAGUCCAUUCAGACGCAGUGAUGUUCACUGUGACACAUUAGGAAGUAAGGUAGCAACAAUGUUCUUAGAAUCUCCGAUCAAUAGGAUAAUCUCUCAGAUACUUUGUGUGUUCCUCUUGCAACAACCAUGUAAUAACAGCACUGUAGAGCCACAAUGGCUGCCGCCGCACCCUCAGUGGCCAUAGUUCUCAUCAGUCUGUGGCUCCACUUAGUUUUUCGGUCAGUGUUUGUAAGAUGUUCCUGGUCUUUGUGACGUUAUUUUCUUAGAGAAUUUUUUUCCUUCCUGUAUCUGUUUGUACCUGUUAUUUAUUUAUUGUUUCUUUGUGAAAUGUCUGUCUAAUGGAGGGGGGGGGGUCUAUUAGUCUUGGAAAAUUAAAGUGUUUAGUAAUCGUAA